ACUGGAUGCAAUCAUGGACGCUAUCAAGCAUCUCCUCCAUGUUGUUUUAGAUCUGCUGGAGACACUCGUUUUGUUAUUUGCAGAGGCUGCUACGCAGGCCCUCAAACUUUGGACUCAGUUCUUGAAUGCACCGGUGGAACUCCUUGCCAUCUCUGCCAUUUUCAAAGAGAUAACCGGAACAGAGUUAACGUGUAUAAAUGCUGUUUGUUAUGCUUUUGCGGUCCCCUUCACUCUUCUAUUCAAGAUCUUUGCCGGGCACGCUCCGUUCAAGAAUGUCACUGCUGAACAUGUAUCAGAUGAUAUUCGUGCCCUAACCCCAAGUGACGAUUUGCUAAUUGCUCGAGGUUGCCUCCAAAUAUGCCAUGCGCCUUUUGAUGCUUAUGUUGACGUGAUCGGCUCCAUAUUAUCCAGAAUCGGAACAGGCCCUACACGUUUUGUAAACGCAACUACUUUCAUUAUUCCGUCCAUCAAUGCAGCACUUUCCUAUGGAUCCAUUUCGACGCCCGGUGCAACUCCCCAAGCAAUAACCAACUGGUCCAUCUCUACUUGCGGCCCUCUUCUCAGCAUAGUAUGGCUCUCGAUUACGGGAUUUAAGAAGGGACCCCGUGGUGACCCUGAUGGUUAUUCCCUUCUAUGCCUACUCGGAGCAACAGGUUUUGGAACGGGCAUUUGGCAUGCCUGUGAACCUGAAGAUUCAUCGUCAAAGACAACAGCGCUCAUUGUCGCACAAUUCCUUGGGCCCCUAUCCAACUGUGGUAAAGUCCUUAGGGCAGUCGAGAACCCCCUCGCCAUCGUUGGUAUGCUUGUCAUGGACAUUGUUUCCAAUAGGGAGCAGCGCUCAUCGCUAGUGGGCUAUUGUGAAGUACCUGACAGUACAUGUGGGUUCAUCGGAGUUGAUCGAUUGUAAGUUAUACUGGCAUUGGGGGGACCAAGUUUGUGAAUGUUCCCAAGCAAUGGUUUAGUGGUUGUUAUCGCUUCAGUUACUAUUUGGAGUUUUUGUUGUUACUUUUGGGAAAUCUGGAAUGGCUAUUUGAACUAUUGAUCUGUUCAGGGAUGCAUAUGACGACCACCAGCUUACUUAUUUGUGCAACUGCUACAGCUGCAGUGAAUUGCCAGAGGAGAGUCGAUCACUGACAAUGGAUGCAAAACUGAUUAAAUGGAGCCGAGCAUCCCACCUUGCAAAAGAAAUCGCAAUGAGCAUGAGAGUCCCAAAUAUUAGCUACAGGUUAAUGUCUGAUAUGAACUCUAUAAGGGUAUUGUUAAAUGCUCAGUCUUGUGU